AUGUCUCGUGGUGCAUUUAUUACUGGAAGAGCUUGUUUUAAUUGUGGUCAAAUUCGAAAAAUUUCAGUUACUAUCGCCUUAGUGUUAGUAUGUCAAUAUAUUAUAUCGGCCGUUGAUUUAUAUCUCCAUGUUUCCGCAAUCGGAAUUUCUCAACAAACACCUAGGCCAAAAAUCACAGGUACAAGAGCACUUAAUAUAGCAACUAACUGUACUGAAGAAG